GAAAAACUCCAGCUAAGAAGCACCGUUGUUCUCCAUCACAUCACGUUUGUGUUUGUUUUUUUCUUUCUCUUCUCUUUAUCUGAACGAAGGAGAGUGAAAGAUCCUUUUUUGCGUUAUUGGAUCGAAAAUGGAUCAGAUAUUCAAUAAGGUCGGAUCCUAUUGGUUCAACCAGAAAGCCUCUAGCCAGCUCAAUUCCGUUGGUGAUGACAUCAAUUCGAUGACAAACAGUAUUGAAGGGGGAACCAAAUGGUUGGUCAACAAAAUAAAAGGCAAAAUGCAAAAGGCAUUGCCAGAGUUACUAAAGGAGUACGAUCUACCAAUAGGAAUCUUUCCUCGUGAUGCAACAAACUAUGAGUUCAAUGAAGAGACAGGAAAGCUCGUUGUUUUCAUUCCUCAAGUAUGUGAAGUAGGCUACAAGGAUUCAUCAGUCUUGCGUUUCUUCACCACCGUGACCGGUUAUAUGGAGAAAGGAAAGUUAGCAGACAUAGAAGGAAUGAAGACCAAAGUGUUGAUCUGGGUGAAUGUGACAACAAUUUUGUCAGAGGGAUCGAAGCUCUAUGUGACAGCUGGCAUGAAGAAAAGAAGGAGUAGGGAAGCUUAUGAGGUUACAAGAGAUGGUGUAUGUGUAGAUAAGUUCUAAAACUAAUAGUUUUAUAAUCUGUAAAACCCCUCUGUCUGUUAUUUUGAUCUCCUUUUUCAUGAUUGUUUAUUGCAAGUAGUGUUCAAAUAUGUACUUCAAAUAUUGCCCUUGUAUUCGAAUCUUGCAAUUUGGCAAAAGUCCUUGUCGAUGAUCUAGGCUAUGCUUGUAUUUUAAUUGGGAGACCUCCAGCAUCUGUUCAAAAAGUAAAACUGAAAAAAUCUCGAUUGGUGUUGAGUUUGAUUGUAAACUGAGUUUUGUCUUAA